UUCUUAACCCUGUGGACGAAGAAGAUCUGCAAAUUUCAACGACGAACAAGUGGUGGUUGAUUCGGAAUCUCCUUUCUCCGGCGAAUACAUAGGUAAAAUGCUUUGAAUCGGCGGUGAAAAUCAUGUCUUCUAGGUCGGUAAUACGUCAGCUUUAUCCAUAUUUCGUGGCUCGAAUUCGAGACAACCGGAGGCUUCUAAGUUCAGCGCACUCCGUCCUUACCGAAACUCCUCCAGCUUCAUCGGAGACGACGACGAGUCCUGAUUCUCUUCAUCUGACAGAUAAUUGCGUACAGAGAUUGAAAGAGUUGCAAUCAGGUGAGGUUUCAGGGAAGGAUAAACUACUAAGGUUAGGAAUAGAAGCAGGUGGAUGCUCUGGAUUUCAGUAUACAUUUUCCCUGGAUGAUAAAAUCAAUUCAGAUGACAGGAUUGUUGAAAGAGAUGGAGCAAAGUUAGUGAUAGACAAUAUUUCCUUCGAUUUUGUGAAAGGAGCUUCUGUGGAUUAUGUUGAAGAGUUGAUUCGCUCUGCAUUCCAGGUAACUAAUAAUCCAAGUGCGGUUGGUGGAUGCAGCUGUAAGAGUUCCUUCAUGGUGAAAUGAUAACUAAAUUCGUGAAAUCGAGAAUUUUGAUUCUUCACACUGAUGAUGGUAAUCAGAGUUUGUUUUUUGAGAUGAAAUAAUUGAGAGAAUAUAGGGAGAAUGUAAACUAAUAUAUGUUUUAGCAAAUUCUUUGUAUCGAUUCUCUUACAACUCCUCCUAUUCAUUGCAUCUUAUUCGAAUGAUUAUGAGAUAUACCUUCUGGAUAUGUAUUCAUAUGUAUUCAAGUUCAAUGAGUUGCAGCUUUACUAGCUAUAUUUGGAUCAAUAUUUUGAA